AUGAGCGGCAACGCAAGUAGCGGCGCUCGCUCAGAAGCCUCGUCUAGAAGUGCUACUCCUAGUCUUCAACACGCCACGAACUUUCCCGCUCUGAAAGACGUUCAUAAAUUACUAUGUACCGUCCAGAAACUCUCAAUCCCGGUCGGCGCCAGAGAGAAAGUCCCAGGCUUCCUGCACCUCCCAGCGAACUACUCCCCUAAUCAGGAGGGGAGGAUACCAGCUGCAGCGAUCCUCCUCUCGGGCGCUGGCGGCGGUGUCACAGGCCCAAGCGCGAUGUACCUGUCCAUGGGCGACAAGCUGGCAAGUCUCCAGCGCGGUGUCCCCGUGCUCAGACUCGAUUACCGCUUUCCAGCAGAUACGAACCCAUGCGUCAAGGACGUGAUUUGCGCCAUGGACUAUAUGGAGGAAAUGUACUCGAUCAACCGCUUUGUCCUAGUCGGAUGGUCGUUUGGCGGUGCGCCGGCAUUCACGGUUGGAGGACGAGAGUCAGAACGCGUUGUGGGCUGCGCCACGGUCGCCAGUCAAACGGCCGCGACGUCGGGCAUACGCUACUUACCACCACGACCAGUCAUGUUAUUGCACGGCACUGGAGAUGCAACCCUGAGUCACCGCUGCUCGCAGAAUCUGUACGACUCGUACGGAUCCAGCGGAGAUCGCACGUUGAAACUGUUUCCUGGCGACAAUCAUGCGUUGAGCAAGAAUUCGCUUGAAGCCGAGGUUCUGUUAUGCAAUUUCAUAGCGAAGUGCGUUGGCUUGAAGAUCGAGGACGGGGACCAAGACAGGAUAAUUGGCAAGACGCUGGUACCUGCUCAGAAGAAGGUGCCACUCAUGGAGAAGGGAGGUGAUUUGAAAGGAGAGGAGAAAGUUGAGUAG